UGUAGCUGGUGAAAGCUAAUGCAGUCUCAGUUGAAGAGGAAAGGAGUUUCAGUAAACUUGAGAGAUUAAAAGGAGAUAUUUGGACAAAUGAUGCUCCUUGUGGGCUGAUUUUGGGCACUUUUGAGGCUUCACAACCAUGGAAGAACCCUUUUCAAGUACUGAAUCAGCAAAUUCCAAAUCCCCUUCAUCUUAUGAGCUGUUAAUUCUGCACACGGCUGAGGCUCAGGAAUGGGCAACGUAUUUGCAGCAGAUCUUGAAAUCUUCUCACAGUUUCCACAAAAGUUCAAUUUUGCUGUACGCAGUCAGCCCAGCCGAUCAGCUCCAUGGAUAUAACUUUGAAUACUUCCAAAGUUGUAAGUGCAUUUUGCUGCUCCUGACGGCAGCAUUCCUGGACAUGCUCUGUGAACCUGAACUGCAGGAAGCCCUUCAUAGACUCCUUUAUCCGCCACACAGAGUGGUGGUGCUGCUGUGUGGCAUCUCAAAGGAUGAUGUGCUGACAGAGAGUUUCGAAGACUGGCAGAGCUGGAGAAAACUCUAUGCUGAUGAUGAUCCCGCUGUCUACGUCGCUACCGUUUUGGAGUCCAUUACUGACAGCCAACAAAUGGAGGCUGAACAUGGAAGCGAAGCUGCAACCGCACCAGAGUUGCACAUCAGAGCGGCCUAUUCAACUGAAGAUCCCACCAGUGAUGAAACACAGGAAGUGGUGUCAGAAGAGCAGACAGAAACUGUCCUAAAGGAUGAAGAAGAACCUGUGGGCACAAAGGUUUCAGCAAGUGAGGAAAUUAGUACGCCUUCGCACCUCACCUGUCUCACCGUUCAACCAAGCAGAGUUCUCUGUGGGGAAAAGGAGACACUGUUCAUCAUUUUCAAGCAGAAAAUAGAUGAUCAGUUGGUACCAGAGGUGGAGUUUUCAUCUGAAAGUGUCGCUGCAAAAAGGGUCCCAGUCACAGUGGAGAAUGAAUACACUCUAAGUGUUGCUGCACCAGAUAUGCCUGCUGGAGUGGUAUCACUCACCAUGUACACUGACCAGUCCUGUGUCAGCUUGAGGCCUGUUACAUAUUAUACCAGUAUGGGUGAAGUCAGUCAGUAUCUUGAAAAUGCUGCGGAUCCUGUUGAUUUCAUCUGCCAGGCCUUCAACUUGACAUCUGAUGCUACAGAAUCACUGGACAACAUGCUAACUGACUCGUUAAAAUCCAGAAUGCCUGCAACUAGUCUUCAGCUGUUUGGAAUCAGACAGAUUGAAGAAGACAAUAUGGCGGCAUAUCAGCGUAAGGAGGAGCUUCCCACACUGCUCCACUUUGCUGCUAAGUACGGCCUGAAGAAGCUGACCACCAUUCUCCUUCAGUGUCCCGGGGCUCUGCAGGCUUACAGCGUGAUGAAUAAAUAUGGAGACUACCCGAACACCCUGGCAGAGAAGAGUGGCUUCUCUGAUCUCAGACAGUUCAUGGACGAAUUUGUUGAGACAGCUGACAUGCUCAAGUCUCACUUUGAGGACACUGUCAACACAGAGGAGUGUGCAGAGGUGUAUGAAGCUAUGUCAGCUACAUCUCAAGAUAUCAUGAUGAAGCUCUCAGGGUGUUCAGAGGACAUAUAUGAGUCAAUGCUGGGGAUCAACCCUGAAUGUGCAGAGGACCUAUAUGAGGUGAUGAAUGCAGUAGAUGAGAACCACGAAGAAGCCAUGCUUAGGAUGUUUUUCCAAGCAAAACCUCAUGACGGUGUUGACCAGGACAGCAACGCGUACCGCAACAGUGAAGAAGGGGUCAAAGACGAUCAGAAUGAAUUAGAUCAAAUUGAAGAAGAGGAGGAUCCAUACAACAUCUGCCCAGAGGAUAUUUAUGACACUGUGGAUGCAAAGAGUACCUAUAAUUCCAUAAUCCAGAACCGUCCACCAGCCCCCAUCCCCAGACCUGAGGUUGAGCCUGAAACUGAAAAGCCUAUGACCUACAUCUCUAGAGUGUUUUCAGAUAAAAGCACGUCCCAGAGUAAUGUGAUGGAGAGGGGAUAUCCUGCAGUUCAACCUGUGACGGACAUCCCAGCACCUGUUUAUGACCCCUAUGCUGGAAUGAAGACCCCUGGACAGAGGCAGCUCAUAUCUCUGCAGGAGAGAGUGAAAGUGGGGGAAAUUACUGUGGACGAGGCCGUCCAAGAGUUCAAGGCUUGGCAGUUUGACCAUGAGCGGAGGGCGAAUUCCAUACGCUAUCAGCAGGAAAAUCUGAAGCGAUUACGGGACAGCAUCACCAGGCGUCACAAAGAGAGAGAGAAGACAGGAAAAGGACUUGAUUAUGUGAUAAGUUCUCCGAUGCCAACAAAUACAUACUGGGGCUCCAGUUUGACGUUAGAGUGUGCUGUGUAUGAGUCGGCGCCCAGAGUAGGGGCUCCACCCCCACCUGUGGCUCAGCCUAUCCAGAGAGGCAGCUGGAAGACAGGUAGCACAUCCAGCACAUCCAGUACAGAAAGCAACAGACUCAGCACUCACAGCGCCUUAAGCUUCAGCAGUGGGACAGAGCCAGAUUUUGAGGACGCAGUAGAAAGUCUCCCUCCUCCACCCCGACCUCCGCGGCCAUCUGAUGUCCCACCCGUCAUUCCUCCACCCAGGGUUCCUCCACGGAUCCCAGGAAGGGUGCCAGAGAAGAUGGUGCAUGAGCGCUACAUAUCCUACCCUACUCGAGCACUUCCUCAAAGACCUUCCCACAGACCAACAAACUCAGCACCUCCCGUACCUCGCCGCCUGCGGUGAUCGGCGCGUCUACCUUUGCUGGAUUCAGUCUCUAAAGUUAGGGGUUAUUUUAAGAGGGAAGGAUGUGUUGGAAAGACAGUGUGUCAUGAGUCCAUCCAGUGAGACAGUUGGGUUUUUUUUUGUUUGUUUGCUUUUAUUCAUUUUGUGUAUCAGUUUACCUAACAGAGUAAUUCAGUGAGUGUGUGUGUGUGGGUAGGUCUGUGUCUUUGUUUGACUGUGUCUAUGUGUGUGUGAGUGAUAUUUGGUGUAGAUGUUUUAUGAUUUAGUGUAAGAGCAUGCAACUGUAAGUACAAUAACUUGCACAUUAAAAAAAUACUGAGAUAUAUAAUAAAAUGUAUUGUAGCUUGUAUUUAGGUAUUUUGAUUUUGUUGUGUGUGGGGGGGGGAGCAGGGGGGUUAUUCUGGGGUUUUAAGUGUAAAUCAUAGGGGAAAAAGGGAAAUCAUUUAUUUGAAAUAUUAAUUAUAUUUAAUGAUGGUUGGUGGUGGGUCUCCUGUAAACUUAGCCAGUGACAUGAAUACUUUUCAGUUCACCAGAUAAUUAUAUAUGAAAUUCCUGUUUAGACUGUAAAGUAUGGUAGUACUUAAUUGUGCGAGUUUUUGUGACCUUAUAUUCCACUUAAUUUUCCUGAAAUGCUGUCACCAUUAUACUUCUUAAAGGACUUGCAGAUUGGCUGUAAUAUUUGUACUGUAUCUCUCUUAAACCUUUGUCCAUUGGUCCUGCAUGGGUGUUAUAAUAACAUUUAGGAAGUGCCUUUAGGAGGUCUGUUUUGUUGUACAUCAGACUUCAUGUAACUUCUGAAUUUCUUGAUGAAAUACUAUAAUAUAUUCCUUUUUUUACACUUGAAUGCGUCCUUAUUUUAAUUGACUCUUUUACAACCAAUAUUGGUUUAUCUCUUGUGCAAUAUGAAGUUUGGUCACUUGAUGGUGCUCCAUAUUCUCUGUGGAUGGAAUCCCACAUUUUUUUUCCAUGUAUGUGAAAACUUUUUCCAACUUGAUUUUAUCUUGUUAAGUAUGUAGAAGAUUAAUGAAAUUAUAAACUACUUGAUUGUUA